GCAGCUCCUGAUGCAGACUCCUGUGUACUGGGAAACUCUGUGUACCACAGUGGCGAGACGUUCUUCCCGAGCUGCAGUUACCAGUGUGUAUGUCACGGUGGGCAGAUCAGCUGCGUCCCCCGCUGUAACCUGGAUGUGAUGCUCCCGGGUCCGGACUGUCCUUUCCCACGUAAGGUGCAGGUUCCAGGAGAAUGCUGUGAGAAGUGGGUGUGUGAUGCACAGGCCGAGGUCAGUGUGCUGGGGGCCUUCGCCAUGGCGGCAUACAGACAGGAGGAGACGUUGGGCUUCGAUCCCAGCAUGGAGUGCAUGGAGCAGUCAACAGAGUGGAGCGCGUGUUCCCGUUCCUGUGGAAUGGGCGUGUCCACACGGGUGACCAAUCAGAACCGGCGCUGUGAGAUGGUGAAACAGAGCCGCUUGUGUAUGGUGCGUCCCUGCGACGCCAUCAAAGAGCAAGCAGACCCUCAGUUUGUGGAUUUUUUUCCCCUGCAGGGAGUCGGGACGUGUCUCAGGACCACGCAGAGCCCCAAACCCGUCCACUUCACCUUCAGGAACUGCUCAAGCGUGCAGGCAUUUCGUCCUCAUUUCUGCGGCCACUGCUCAGACGGUCGCUGCUGUACGCCCCAUGCCACCAAAACGGCACCCGUGAUGUUCCGCUGCCCGGACGGAUCCACGCUCAAGAGACCCGUCAUGUUCAUCCGUACGUGUGCGUGCCACCGUAACUGCCCAGCGAAGGAUAACGUACCACGGCGCAGACCCGAGAUCGACCACGCCUCCGUCCUCACCCACUGAAGUCAUGUGGAGAACAAACAUGGAGACGCUUUAACUGCUUUGACCGAGCCUAACUCUGGCAGGAGCGAUGA